AUGAGGGCUGAAUCACAACAGAGGGAGGUCAGAGAGAGAGAGAGACUGUGAGUGAGGAGGAGCAGGAGGAAGGUUAAACAGUGCAGAGAAACACAAAUAAAUAAGCUACUCAAGCGGAGGUCUGCUCAGGAAGCUGUGAGUCCUCAGCAGCUUCUCUUCUCUGGUGAUGGAGACACUGGAGGAUCCAGAACUUUGUUUUCCACAUCUUCUUAAUGCUUCCUGCAGGAAAAAUGCUCGUCCUCACACGGAGGCAAUGCUUAUUUAUGUUCUAGUGCCCUGCAUCGCUCUACUCACUGCGAGUCUUAAUCUGCUGGUCAUCGUCUCCAUCUCCCACUUCAGGCAGCUCCACACUUCCACCAACCUCCUCCUCCUCUCUCUGGCUGUCUCUGAUUUUCUCGUUGGUCUCAUCGUGAUGCCGUUUCAGAUCCUCUUCUUAGAACCUUGCUGGUUUCUAGGUGACUUGGUGUGCACUUUUUAUUUCUUUGUACCCUACAUCGCUAUUAAUUCUUCAGUAAUAAACAUAGUGCUGAUCUCAGUUGACCGUUAUGUGGCCAUCUGUCACCCUUUGAGCUACGCCACUAAAUUUUCUCAAAAAACAGUUAAACUCUGUGUCCUGCUGUGUUGGCUUUAUUGUGUUAUGUACAGUUUCAUGAUUUUGAACGAUAACCUGAAGCAACCAGGCAGGUUCAACUCAUGUUAUGGUCAAUGUGUAAUUAAUGUAAAUGGAGGUGUUGACAUGGUUCUAAACUUCAUCAUCCCCAUCUCAGCCAUCAUCGUUCUGUAUGUGAGGGUGUUUGUGGUGGCUGUGUCUCAGGCUCGUUCCAUGCGCUCCCACGUUGCAGCUGUUAAACUGCAGCGUUCACUGACUGUGACUGUCAGGAAAUCAGAGAUUAAGGCAGCAAAGACUCUUGGUGUGACAGUUUUUGUGUUUCUAAUGUGCUUUGUUCCUUAUUACUGUGCGUCUCUCUCUGGAUACAUCCUCACAAUCAAUACCUCAACUAAUGACUUUAUACAUUUUUUAGUAUUAUCAAACUCUUGUCUGAACCCUUUGAUUUAUACUUUUCUCUACCCCUGGUUUAGAAAAUCUGUUAAACUCAUUCUUACUUUACAGAUAUUGCAGCCAAAUUCUAGAGAGACCUGUGUAAAGUAAACUGACUGGAUGCGUGAAUAAUUUGUAUUAGUCGAAAAUGUUUUAAGUUUAAACUAUGACUCUGUGACAUACCCAAUCAUGUUUAUUGUGAUUCUCUAAACACAAUCUGCAUGAACACAGUUUUCUGAGGAACGCUGUUGUAUAUCCUAAAUGAGGACUAAAAUGUUAUUCUUGUCUUUUGUGUUUUUCUUUCUGUCAAACUCUCUGCAUUUGGUCUUCGAUUUAUAUCCAGCAGCUGUCAGAACCUGAGAUUUCAUAUAGUUUAUGUACAGCAUAUUCAUCAGUGUUGCUUUCAUCACUGACAUCUAUAACAAACCCGGUGUUCAUUAAUCA